UGUCGGCCUCUGCGCGAACCUCUCCAGCGACUGAGACGCCCUUCUCCGACGACGGGCUGCCGCCACCACCUUCCCUCGCUACCAGAUCGUCUGCCACCCCAUCCUUCUUAACCUACCUUUCGGGUCUGGGCAGAUCUACGCGGGGGCGUCGACCCUUUUUGCCAGCCACGCCCCAACCGGACGGCCCUUCUUAUCCUUGGUGCAGCAUCUCAAUUCCAUUCCAUCAGAAGCAGCAAAACAGGGGCACAGGGCGAACAGAUAACUCAGGAAAACUGAUUAUGUGCCGUCAGGGGAGAAAGGAAAGCACGGCAGACCAGGUGCAACGGAUAGAAGAAACAUUAAGGAUGCUGGAGGAGCAAAUAAACGUACAGCGGCGGGACGAAGAUCCUGCAUUCAAUGCUACCGGCCCACCAUCUGAGCGGAAAAGCAGCGUGGCUUCCACGGAGCUCCCGGCUGAUGAUGAUGCAGUGAUGUUGGCUGCUCCUCGCUACCCCGUGGAUGAUAUCACGGAGAGCGAAAAUUGUGAGCUGCAUGGGAAACUUCGAAACAUAUCAAUCAAGGUGGCGGUCGGCUUUGCCUUACCUUCUGGACCUAGAACAACCUCUCCGGUUCCAGAUGGCUACGCUGUUGUCAGGGUGGAUGAAGUUAUGAAGGGAUUUGAGCACGUGGAACUUGACUUCCCUGCAGGUGAAGGGGAUCUGAUUGAACUGGGAGAAGCCAUGAAAGGCACCGUUCUAUGGCCAAAGGAAGACAUCGUGAUUCCAAAUUGGACGCCAAGGCCACCGACUUCUCAGAGUAGCAAUCCAGCUCAAUCUCCGCCGCCGCAGCCGUCUCCGGCACGUCAGCAGACUCCGCCGUCUCCGGCGCGUCAGCAGACUCCGCUGCCUCAGCCCCGGUUGCUAAAGCGGAAGAGCACCGCCUCUCCAGCAGCUAGUACUACAGCUGCGAAGGAAUCCUCAGCCGCGAAGAAAGCUCCUGCCAAGUUACGAUACGAGUUGACUGAUGAGGAACUCGCAAGGGAAGUGGAUGCCGAUGUGAAACGCCAGCUUGCACUGAAACGGGCCCCACCAAAGCAGUAUAUAGCACCGAGAACAGUGAAGCACUUUGUGGACAUGCUUGAGCGACCAAGGCCAGAACAUUUGCCAUCAGACUAUGACUGCUCUAAUAUACAGUCACAUAACGCGAAUGUGCAACAGUCGAGAAGUAGUAGUGCAAGCGGGAAAACAAUUCCCAUGGAGGGAAUCCAAAGUAGUGGCAGUCGCAGCGGUGGUGGCCGGGAUGUUUCCUCUUGGCAUCAUCUAAUGAGGAAACCUCACCUUGAGUCCAUGUCGUGGAAAAGGAGUAGACGUAAUAUGUCUUCUGACGGACACGCACUUACGGGAAAGAUCAUCGAUCAUGGCAGUGCGAAUGCAAAUGUUUCAAGUGCUGAGUAUGAUGAGAUGUCCCAUGAGGAUACUUCAAAGAUGACACCCUCGGUCAGAACUCAGAAGCUAGACCAGUUGGCUGCAAGGAUUCUCCGCCUUGAAACGAAAGCUGACCAACUCCAACUUUAUAUACUCAUUGGAAUUAUAGGAAACAGUGUAGCCUACUCAGCGUCCUCAUAG